AUGACUCAGCAAGGAUAUAAUAAAACUGUCUGUGGGUUGUUAUUGCAUAUACAGCUGCUUGCGUGCUCAAUCCUUGCCCUAUUUGGGGUGGCUGCAGUGGCAAAUAGGGACGUGAUUACGUGCGGCGUUGCGUUCCUCAGCGCAGCGCUGAUUGCAUCAGUGUGCGUUACGUUAAACAAUUUGACGGUUAUAUGCAACUGCAUUGGUCAGGUGCUUAUCGGCAUCGGAUUGCUGUACAUCAACUACCACUCUUUGCACCAGGCACACCCAUGGAUAACUCUAGUGAGGUAUUCAACCGUCAUAUCUGUAUUUUUCGCGAUUUCAUCGAUAUCAGUAGUUUGUUCGGUGGCAUUGUUAAAUUUGCAUGGAUCCAAGCAGACGUCACUGGAUGAAAAUCUUUUCAAUGGUGCAGCUUCUGCCUUUGUAACGUUUGAAGAAUACAGAGCGGAAACCUACUCAUGUGAUGAAGAUCCGCUUUUGAACACGGAUACGAGUAUAGAAAUACGCACAGACAACGAGUUUAUGUCAGGGGGAGGUGAUCGUGAAGAUGGUCAACUUACCAAAGGACCAGAGAUGGCAUUCUCGAAGGAAAUUAACACUAAUAUGUGGGAUUGGGUGACUGUAGAUGAUAGUAAUGCCGAUGAUAAUGAUUCAUCGCAACAAACUCAGGUUAUCAACAACUCGGUGCUUCCUCAAACAGAUGGCAAUUGCCCAAUGUAUUCAUCCUUUGAUGCUACUUUCACUGUUAGGGAGCCAUUAUUAGCAUCGGAUUUAAGUUCGCAACAGAGUGCAGUGGAUUAUGGUGUUGAGAACAAGCAUGUGGAUAUAACCGGCAAUAGAUCUUCAAACUAUACCAGCGGCACAGAUUUCUGGGGAUCUAACGUACCCAAUUCACAUGAGAAUAACGCGGGAAUUAAUACGUUUUUAGAAAGUGAGGCUAUGGCCGAAAACAGGCUAGAGUCACUGGGUCCAGUCAUGCCGGCACCACUGCGUAAUGAGGAUUGGAAGCUGUCGCCUCGCAACCCGCAUUCGGCAAUAGCUUGGGGUGGUUCAAUUGCAUCGCGUAGUAAUUAUGUGGAUAUAGCAACGGCAAAUGAUCCGCCCAUGCACCACAGUUUGAACAGUCCUAGAGGUUAUCUGCAGCGCGCGGACGACACUGCUAUUACCGGCCAAACUUUGAUUUCGUCGCCUGAGGAGGCACACAUUCCAACUGCAGGGUUACAAUGUAUUCCCGUCCGUGACGGGUCCAGACUUGUAUUGCAUCGGAAGGAACUUGUUAGCAGCAGUGAAGAGUCCAUUGUUUCAAAGGCGAAUGUAAACACCGCAAGGUAUAACCUUAUUAGCGCAGGAGAUAGCUUGCUAUCCGAAAACGUGGUAGGGAAACAGCCUUUCAAAUACGGCGUCGAGUUUAUGUCAGAUUCGCGGUAUAGCGAAGUGUAG